GGAUUACAAGAAGGCUAUAAAGCAACAUUCUCAUCUUCUCAAACAUUCAUCCACUUGCCAAAGGGAGCACUUCGAUAGACGCUAAAUCCAAAGUGAUUUUUAAAAGCGUCACCAAAGGCAAGUAAAAACCCACAUAAAAAAUAAUAAUGGCCAAGAAGAUUGUUGCAGUGUUUUUUAUGUGCAUUGUAGUGAUGGCUUCUUUGCAAUUUGGCAAUGCCACCAACGAAGAGGUUAAGAAAUAUGAGGCUAAAUAUGAGGCCAAAUAUGUGUCUUGCUAUGAAAAUUGUUUGAGGAUAUGCCUUGCAAGGCUCAGCGGCCGAGGCUACUGCGAAGUUAAAUGUGACGAAGAUUGCGAAGAGAAAGAAGUUGCUGAGAAGUUGCACAUCCAAAUCAAGCACUGAUAAUAAUGGGGG